GAUAUAGAAAAUAUUUCUAAAUGCCAAAACUUAGUUAGAAUUAGUUUUAAUCAUUGUCAAGGAAUGACAUUAAAACUUUGCACUUCACUAUCUAAGAACAAAUUGCAUUUAAAAAAACUAGAAAUUACAGGCUUAACAAGUAUGCUUAUAGAUUUAAUCUUUGAUCAAACUAUAAUCACUUUAAUUUCUAUGUGGGGAUCUACUCUGAAAGUUUUACAUUUGGAAAAAUUAAGCCAAGGAAUUGCAAAUGCAUUAAUAAUUCACUGUUCAAAUCUUAAAGAAUUUGUUAUUUCUAAUUCAAAAGCAAAUUCAUUCAACUUGAUAUAUAAUUUUCUACAGCAAUCAUCUCUAAAAUCUCUUCAUAUUAAUUGGUAUAGAGGAUGCUACGAAGAAUAUCUUAAUUUAGUUCCAAACUUGCCAACCACAUUAACAUUUUUGGGUUUAAAUACAAAUUUUAGUGAAUUAGAGUUUGAAAAUUUUGUAAAAUAUUGUGGUAAAUUUCUUGAUUUGAAAACAUUAACUAUUAAGC